UAGUGAGAAAAACAACCGGUCGCUCGCACCGGUCAAUGCUGACCCCCCAUCCCGGUCGAUGUGAAUCCGUUCGAAAAGCUUUUAACAAAUAAUGACAGUAAGCUCGGGACCAGACGCAAGGAGACAAUUUGGUUUAGUGUUUUGUGUGUGUGCGGCGUUGCUGGUGGUCGUGGUGAAUGGUCGCGCAGCAACCGACGAAAAUGCAACAGGCGCUACUACGAUGAGCACCGAAUAUCGCCAGUUGCCAGGGCUAGUGGGCGAUGCUGGCGCUGGUGUCACUAAUCAAUCCUGGCCGCCGGAGAUGAAUACGACCAUCAGCCAUGGGGUGCCUCCGCUGGCGGAGUUGCUUCCCGAAGGCUCGGAAGCGGCCAGUGUCUCCGUGACGGCAUUGAAGCGAGGACAAUGCCGCUGUUGGAACUCCUCGGAAGAAGCGGUGGGCGAAGUGCAGUGCCGCUGUCUAGGCCAUUCGAUCUUGCGCGUACCACAGAAACUGACCAGCAUGCAGCGACUAAUACUGGAGAAGGUGGGCAUCAAACGGUUGCGUACCAAUGCGCUGACGGUGUACGCGGACACGCUGCAGGAUCUGCUGCUCAUCUACUUGAAGGAUUUCCACCGCAUCGAACCGGCCGCCUUCGCUCGGUUACGGCACCUUCGGACACUCUACAUCGCGCACGCACCGAAGCUGGAAUUUCUCCCGGCGGACGUGUUUGAGGGCAUCUCGACCAAAUUGAAGACAUUGCGGAUUAUACACAGCGGACUACUUGCGGUGCCGGAUUUGCGGGUGCUGUCCGAUCAUAUUAUUAUGCACAUGGUCGACUUCGAUGGUAACCAAAUCCGCGAGAUCUACGAGAAAUCCAUACAGCUGAAGACUGACGAGUUGACUCUCGACAACAAUGCGCUGACACAGAUUCAUGGCUCAGCGUUUCAUGGUUCAGAGAUUGCAAAGCUGAGCUUAAAGCAAAACUUCCGACUGAAAGACGUUCAUAAGCUGGCCUUCGUGGGAAUUGGCAACAUUAGAGAGCUGGAUCUUUCUGGAACUGCCAUCGAGGAGCUUCCCACCGAUGGGCUGGCGGAGCUCGAGGUGCUUCGCAUACAAAACACACACUCACUCAAAACCAUUCCAUCCGUGUAUAACUUCAGGAACCUGCGCACGGCAUUUCUCACCCACUCGUUCCACUGCUGCGCGUUCAAGUUUCCUGCUCGCCACGAUCCGGACGCACAUGAACAAAAUUUGAAAAAAUUCUACGAAGUACAGGACGAAUGCAUCGCCCAAGGAUUUGCUACGCCUCACAUCAAACUCGAACCGCAGGCAACGGGCACUAGCACGGAAUCGCCGCCACCAAUGACGACCGGUUCUUUGGAGGGCUCCGAAGGAAUACGUACCCGCAAGCGUCGAAUGGUGGACUUCCGCAACUGGUUCCGAUUGACGACCUACGAUGAUGACGAUCGGCACAGUGGCCAUGCACGUGAAACACUUCGCAAAGGCAUCGACCUGUCCGAGAAGCACAUGGGCGAAAUCGUGGACGAUAAUCUGCAGCCUAUCACAGGCCUACCGGUACCCGGUGAUGGCGACAGUCCGGGACUCGAUGGACGCAGCCUCGGCGAUGAGCUGUACUCGGACAAUCCACAGCCGGGCGUAUUCCACGAUACGGUGGCCGAAAUAUCGUCGAUGGAAGCACUGUGCGGUAAUCUGACUCCCAUGACUUUCGACGUGAAGUGCUAUCCGAUGCCGGACGCACUGAAUCCGUGCGAGGACGUUAUGGGUUCGCACUGGUUGCGCGGUUCCGUCUGGGUGGUGGUGCUGCUGGCCGUGUUCGGUAAUGUGGCCGUCGUCGUGGUGCUGUUCUCGAACCGGAGCGAACUGACCGUGCCCAAGUUCUUGAUCUGCAACCUGGCGUUCGCUGAUCUCUGUAUGGGUCUCUAUCUGCUGCUGAUCGCCUCGAUCGAUGCGCACUCGAUGGGCGAAUACUUUAACUACGCGUUCGACUGGCAGUACGGGGUGGGGUGUAAGGUGGCGGGCUUCUUGACCGUCUUCGCCAGCCACCUGUCGGUGUUUACGCUGACGGUUGUGACGCUCGAACGUUGGUUCGCGAUUACGCACGCGAUCUAUCUGAAUCGACGCAUCAAACUGUCGGCUGCGACGUACAUUAUGCUGACCGGGUGGUUAUACGCGAUCACGAUGGCCGCGAUGCCACUGUUCGGUAUCAGCAACUACUCGUCCACCUCGAUCUGUCUGCCGAUGGAGACGCGUGAUAGCUGGGACAUCGCUUACCUGCUGACGGUGCUGGUCGUUAAUGGGUGCGGCUUUGUAGUGAUCGUCAUCUGUUACGCCCAGAUUUAUCUUUCGCUUGGCAAGGAAACGCGUAAUGCGGCUCGCUCUGCGCACAGUGGUGAGAUGACGGUCGCGAAAAAGAUGGCACUGUUGGUGUUUACGAACUUUGCUUGCUGGGCACCGAUCGCGUUCUUUGGGCUGACGGCCAUCGCCGGCUAUCCGCUGAUCGGUGUCAGCAAGUCGAAGAUUCUGCUCGUCUUCUUCUAUCCACUCAACUCGUGCGCCAACCCGUACCUGUACGCGAUCCUCACGAUGCAGUACCGGAAGGAUCUGUUCUCGCUGCUGGCCAGCUAUGGGCUCUGUACGCAGCGGGCCGCACAGUACAAAAUGACCUAUUCGAUGCCAACGAACACAUUGCAGGUUGCGCCGGCACGCGGUUCCGUGAACUACAACAGCAGCGCCCAAGGGACGAUCACCUCGACGGCCGGGCUGGGCGGAAUGGCUGGAUUAAGCAACAACAACAACAACAACAACUGCAUUGACAUGGCCUCAACCACCAUUAUUACGGGUAGCGGCAAUGUGGUCGGAGCUAGCAACGGGACCAGUCCGAUCAAUGGUCGGCUACAGCACCGUGGCAGUGGCAACAGCGUUACCUUCUCUACCAACAACGGUAACGCCAACACUACGAAUAGCACUGUCCAAACCGUUCAGCUGCCGGGCGAACAGGAACAGGAAACCUUUCUCUAG